GCUGCUGCUGCCGCUGCUGCUGCAGCAGCCGCAGCCGCCGCCGCCGCCGUCGCCGUCGCCGCAGCCGCAGCUGCCCCGCUGCUCGCUGCUGUGUGUCAGUUUCAAACCUCGCUUCUCCAGCCCGCGGCUCCCAGAGCGACCCUCGCGUGUCCCUGCUCCCGCUUCACUGGAGACGCCGGAGAGGGGGGCAGCACGCUGCCAGCACCGCCCCCAGCCGCAGGGGCUUCUUCCCCUCCCGCUCGGACCGACGACCCUCGAGGAACCAGAACCCACCUCCCCAAACCCGACCCCCAUCAUGGCACACUCUGCCCAGCUGAACAUCUUGGAGCAAAACUGCCCCAUCCAGGUGGAGCACGAUCGGAAGCGGAGGCAGUUCACGGUCAAACUGAAUGGUUGUCACGACCGGGCUGUCCUGCUAUACGAGUAUGUAGGCAAGAGAAUUGUGGAUCUACAGCACACAGAAGUCCCUGAUGCCUAUCGAGGGAGGGGAAUAGCCAAACACUUAGCUAAGGCCGCCCUGGACUUUGUAGUGGAGGAGGAUCUGAAGGCCCACCUGACCUGCUGGUACAUUCAGAAGUAUGUCAAGGAAAACCCAUUGCCCCAGUACCUGGAACGUUUGCAGCCUUAAUCCCAGCCCCGACAGAGCCUGGGUGGCUCUUUUCUUCAGCUCCCUCUCUCUCUCUUUGCCUCACCAGCACACUCUGUUCCUGACUGUUCAAUGCGGCCUUUGCUUCCGUAUGGUCUCAGGAAACAUCUUCCCUGCCAGGGAACAGACUCAGAAUUAUUUUUCUAAGGACGCUUGAACACCUCAUAGGGAAGCUGCCCCUCCUUGUGCUCUGGGGACCAACUGUGGCCGCCGUGGGGCUCUCUCCUAUGUCCCUCUUUUGUACCCCUCUCGUCUCUCUGCCACGUCCUCAAGAGAGGCCGCAGAAACUAGGGAGAGGAGGUAGUGUUCCUGUUUGAAUCUUAUUGCCUCCUUGUGCUACCCAGGGAGGUACCUGGAGAAAGGACUUGGGGCAGUUCUUUGGUUUGGUUUGGGUUUUUCCCCCUCCCAUCCUUCAUCGCCUCCUGAGCUUUACUUAAGGGACCCUCCCUUUUUAGGUCUGCAAGCAAAAUGUUUGUCAACCACUGGAUUUUUACCAGAGCAAGGGAGGACAGUUUAGCCUUCCUCGAUCUACCUUCCCUUUGUUGUUGCUAAGGGAAACAGGGCAGAAGAUGGGAAAGGCAGGGUCAGAGGGGGAGAGACAGUGCUCUUCCUUCCCAUCCCUCAGGAAUAAAGACCGCCAGUUGUCAAGGGGGUACACCAGGAGUGGAUCCAUCAGAGCAGGUUCUAGCCCACAUCUUGUUCAAGUGGGAGGAGACAUGGCUAUCUUACUGGCUUACACCAUGAGCCAUGGGAAUUAGGUGCACACCUGCCUCCCUGCCUGCAAUAAGCAAAGACCCUGGGCUCCACCUUAUACUGCUGUGUUUUGAUGAGCUCAAGCCCGACAUGGAUGAGAUUGAGGAGGGUGGUGAGGGGGUACAAGGAGAAGAGGAAGGGAAUUUAUCUGUGGCCAUCUUUAGAGCCAACCUGGCCCUCUAGGAGUAAUGCACUUCUCCCAGUGUUUUUUGGGUUUUCUUCCUCCUGGGAGAGAGAGUCUUGGGGCAGGAAGUUAACUUGACUGUGUCUUCAGAUGGAAGGACCAUUCUUGAUCCACUCUCUUCCACAUUUGAGUCCCCAUCUUUUUUUUUCCCCUCUCCCUUUGCAUAUGGUGGCUUGAAUCUAGGAGCAAUAAGCAUCACUGGUGAUUGGAGGGCUCUUCUCCAUUGGCCUUGGUGCGCCAAAUCCCAGAUGCCACCCUCAUCCCCCCACCACUCCCUUUGCACUUCCCUUUUCUAGCCAUCUCAGAGACCAAAGGUGGGGGAAGCACAAGAGGCCAUUUCUCUUUUCAGGAUGAUGCCUGGGGCCUAUUUGAUUUAAAAAAAAAAGAAAAAAGAAAAAAAAGAUUUGUCAGCUAAAGUUUAAGACUCUAUCCUGAAUUGUCAAACAAACACAUGCACAUAAGUACGCACCUACCCUGUAUAAGCAGAUUGGGUAAAUGUUUCAGAGGAGCAUCACUUGUAUAGGCAAGGGUCCUACUAUGGCUCCCGUGGGAUUCUCUGGAUGGAGACAAUUUCUGUUCAGUGUGGUUGAUCUUGGUGCCAGACUUUAGCUCCUUUUUGUACACCUUGCUUCCAUCCAGUCCUAAAAUAUGCCAUGCUCCCCACCCAUUCCCCUAUUAAAUGUGCAGCUGUUGAGCAGUUGACAUCUAGCUGUUUGCUACAGCCUCACCCAAGCUAGCUGGCAGCAGACUGUUGGUAUCACCCAACCUGGGACUAAGCAGCCAUUUCUUGCUGAGGGACCAAGCUUAGCAUCUCUGUGACCUCUGCCUUCCACAAAACAUCUUACCUGCUUGAAAGAUGGGUUUUGGGACAGGACAUCAUGCUGAUGACUUGGAAGUAGUUGAGGGGAGAGGGGAACAGUGUCAGAGUCUUGGCAUCCCAACCCCCAUGCUGGAAUCUUAUUCCCAAAGGACAUUUCCUCUGUGUUAUGAGACGUCAAUAAUCUGUUAAUGGAUAGAGCUGUGCUUCUGUCUGUCCCUCCACAGCCCGGGUGGGUUCUUCAUUUAACAGUAUUUCCUAUCAGAAAGGAAUAGCCAACUCGUUCCGUUCCCCAUCCCUGGUCACCAGUAGCACUCACAGAGAUCAAAUCUUCCCACUUUAAACUCUUCUUCCUCCUCUCACAUGUCUUUCAUUCACUGGCUCAGUAUUAUAUCUUUGCCUUUCUCCUAGUCUUUGGCAGAAGAGGCAACUACCUUAGAAGAAAUACUGAUAAGGAUGGAAUGGGGGGGGAUGGUGCUUACCUAUGAGAGAUCCUUUCCCCCUGCAGUGUCCUCUGGGGACCUAUUCGUGAGCAUCUCCCAGAGGAAGGCUCUUGAAGGCUAAGAGCCCUAGCUAAGUGACUUAUUCUUCCUCAUGAUAACUGAGAUCAGACUCUUGACUCCCCAAGAUUACGGGGAUGAAGGGCCUGAAUUCCUCUGUGGGACUGGAUGAGAAGCUCCCCAGUACUAAAUGCUAUCAAAUUGAGACUCCUCGGGGGUGUUGCAUCGAUAGUGUUCAAGGAAAGCAGCCUGGUGCCAAGUGGGCCAAGGCUGGCUUCGGUGUGUGUAUAUAUUAGGGGUUGGUGGGAACUUUGUUGCCCUAAUCCAGAGUGCUAGGAAGUGGGGGAGGGGAGAAGAAGGGGACAUGGAGAGGGUGCCUGGUGAUUUUUGUUUUAACAAGUCUCUCACCCUUGCUGUUCCAGGACGGAUCAGGAGAGUUGGUGCCAGGGUGGGGUGGAGGGAACGCACAGACAGGGCUUCAGGUUUCAGCAUUAGUGCUUCCUUUGUUUGGGCUCUGUUUAGAUAAAAGGCAGGACUGUAGAGUCGUAUUUUCCAUUUGCCAAGACACUUCUUUCACUAGUCCUGGCACAGCGGGGCCACCUCCCUCUCAACCCUGUGCUCCAAGCCACUCAUAGCUAGUCUUCCGUACAGAAACCAGCCCCUGCCCCCAUUCUCCAGGGCCCCUGAAGGGAGGUUCAUCAGUGCUGCUGGACUGGUGAUGUAAAUUGAGGUUUCCCCAAGGUAGAUCUAUCAUGCUGCAGCUGGUUGUGAUAGAUUGCCUUUGCAGGCCUUGUGGCAAGGUGCCAUACUCCUAACUGCUGCCCCUUGUUCUACGCCCUUCCGUGGAAGAGCUCCUUCCAGGACACGUUCUCCUCCUUGUCCCCUGCCUGCUAGGAGGUUGCAAAGGAUGAGGCCACAGUGACACCCUACCCCUCUCUUACCUGGUUCUGCCCUCCACAUACCUCUGCAGGUCAUGACAUGGCACUGCCUUUCGUGGGACAGACUGGGUACCACCAGCGGGGUGUCCUUCCAGUCAGAAAGUAAGGCCUGCACACGGUAGAGCCAGUCAGGGAAAACAGGAAAGCCCCUGGAAUUUUAAGUUGGGUUUAAAAGCUUUGAGUUAAUUAGGGAGGAAAGAGUGGUGUGGAUAAGGACUGACCAAUUGAAAGUGGAGCUGUAUGCUGGGAUACCUUCCUUUUCCCCCACUAUGCAAACACACACAUACACACACAGAUUACCUUCGUACAGUUUAAAGAAACGGUGCUUUCCAGGCUCAGGGUGGGAGGGAGUGGCAAGGUCAGGACUCUUCAUUUCCUCCACUCAAGCAGGCACCUCAGAGAUGUUAAGCCAGGUUAAGUAGGAAGCAGCUGCUCUGGGAAUCUCCCUGGCAGCAAGAUCUAGAGUGAGAGGAUGGUCCAGCAGAUACAUGCUACUUCUCUCUUCCCUUUCUUCCAUAGCUUCCUAGAACAUGCUCCCCGAGCCUCUUCCCCACCCCAUCACCCUCCAAUUUUGUCUUGUGAUGAUGGGCAGCGUCAUGAGAACCGUUUUUUCUCCCUGUGACAAAUCAAAGGGAGAAAUGACCAUUCACCCAUCUCAGGGAGUCAGGAGGCUAUGGACUAGCAUAGAAUAUUGACAUAUGCUACUUGCAGGGCCUUGCCCUGAGCAUCCACUACCCCUGCAAGUUGGUCAGGAGUCCCAGGACAGAUGAGAUUAGUUGAUAUGGCAUGAUGGAGGAAAUGGUAGAAGGCCAUGAAUCCAUGCAUUUAAUCCCUGUUCUUUGAUAACUUGAAUCUAACCUGACAACCCUGCAUGUGAACAGUGACUCUGUGCUUUUUUUAAAAAUUUAAACACAACUUUAAAAAAAAACCCUUAGUACUUGAAUAACAUGGGAGCAUCUUGUCUCAUACCCAGAAGGGCUAAAUCUUCUUGAGUCACUCUGGUUCCCACCCUGCAGGAUGCUGGAAGGCACUUCCAAGGUUUUGUCUUUUGCCUUGAAAUCCUGCUGAUGAAGCCUUCAGCUUUCCUACUGCUCAAGUUCAAGGAGGGCCCCCUACCUUCAAGCCCCUGUGGACUAUUCCUGGAGUGGCAGCGGCUACCCAGCAUUGGUGUGCUUCUGGUGCCGAGAGAGUCUAAAAUGGGCUGGUGCCCAAAGCUGAGGGCUGCAACCUUUCAAGCGGUGGGUUCUUCCCAAAUUUAGCUCUUAAGAGUUGCAGCUGAUUUUAUGAAUGUCUGCAUGUUAAUUAUGCUGCUUCAGAGCUCCCCUUAACAGUCAGGUACGAAGAAUUCACAAAUUUGAUCAGAUUUCUACAACACCAAAGGGAGAGCUGGGGAACAAAGAAGACUGAAUGGUCAAAUCACCCCUGAGCCUAGGGUUUGAAUUCUUGUCUCUUCAUGUAGAGAGAUCUUCCAUGGUAUCUCACUCCCUUCUGGGGUGUGGCUUUCCUUUCAAAAUGGUGUGACUGCCUUGAAGUGGAAAGAUGGAGAGGGGAAUGGCUGCCCACAUCAGCUCACAUUCAUCUCUGUGGCUACCAGAUCAUGUUUAUUUUUAAGAGUAUUUUCCCAAGGAUUAUUUUCUCCUCAAAUAAACUCAUGUCUAAUAAAUGUGUAGCUACAAACCUCCAGUCACUCUACUGGCAAAAUCCAAAUUGAGGUGAUAAAACUUCCAUGAUUUAAAUAUC